UCCUGACGUUAGUUGGUCCCAUGUGUAAAACAAGAUGGCGGGAAAGGAAAACGUAAACAGAUCUGUCUAUUCAGGAACAUGCAUAUCGAAUAUUGCUCAUCUACUGAUAAAAUGAAGGUCUCCAUGUCCGUGAACAACUCGGAAUUAUUAAACUGAGUUAGCUGAGCUUGUUUUGCUUAGUCUAGCGAACUGUCAUGGAAGAAUAUGGAGAGGGAAUCGAAGACGGAGAUGACGAAAGCUGGAAUUUACCGUUCAGUGAUGAAACGUCACAUAUUAUCCCCAGCACCGACAUCGGAAGUCCGGGUUCUAGGGCCAAUACCCAGGACUGGAAACACAGCAAACAACGACUUCCAUGUGAUUCUGGUGACUUAAGUAUCUCCACUUUGGGCCACACAAGGACUCUUAUUCAUAUUGAUAUUGACUGUUUCUAUGCCCAGGUGGAAAUGAUGAGGAACCCAAAAUUGCGAGACAAACCAUUAGGUGUCCAGCAGAAAUACCUGGUAGUCACCUGUAACUAUGUGGCUCGAGAAUGCGGAGUGACCAAACUCAUGGCGGUCAAGGAGGCCCUGGACAGGUGUCCUGACCUUGUACUGGUCAGUGGAGAAGAUCUGACACACUACAGACAGGUCUCCUACAGAAUAUCAGAGUUCCUGCAGCAAUACACGCCACACGUAGAGAGACUUGGUAUGGAUGAGAAUUUCCUUGAUGUGUCCCACCUUGUCAAGCAGAGGCUAGAGUCAGGUCACAGCAGGUCAGAAGUCAUAGGUCAUGAGUACACAUUCCAACAUGGUGACGACAAUGAGGCAAAUGACAAAGAUUAUCCUCCGGCUAUCUGCACCUGCGGAUGCCGAGAGCGAUUGACCAUUGGAUCACAGAUUUCUGCGGAUAUUCGUGAUGCCUUGUAUCAGGAGCUGGACAUUACUUGUUGUGCUGGUAUCUCCUACAACAAACUCCUAUCAAAACUUGUGGCAGGAAAACACAAACCUAACCAGCAGACAACACUGUUCCCUGAGCAGACAGCACAAUUCAUGGCCACAGUGGGGCAGGUCAGAAGAAUACCAGGAAUUGGUUCAACAACAUCAAAGAAGCUGGCAGCUUUAGGAAUUGUAUCACUACAGGAUCUACAGCAGUCCAACCUUUCUGACCUCAAGCAGGAACUAGGACCAAAACAGUCUGUUAUCAUUCAACAACUGAGUUUUGGAGUUGACGAUAGCCAUGUUAUUACGUUUGGCAGACCCCAGACACUCAGUGAUGAGGACUCCUUCAAAAAGUGUUCAACUGUUAAAGAUACAAGGUCAAAGGUCAGGGAAUUGCUCAGUAGCCUGACUAAAAGGCUACUUGAUGAUGGCCGAACACCCCAGACCCUGAGGCUGACCAUCAGGAAACUGACCACUGCUGAUAAAAAGUGGACCAACCGAGAAAGUCGUCAAUGUCCAAUUCCUGGUCAUGUUAUGUUAUCCUUGUGUUCAGAUAAACUUGGAAAGCUGAUUGACCAACUGGAAGAGAUCACCAUGACACUUUUCACCAAACUUGUCAAUACCAAGGAGCCAUUUCAUCUUACUCUAAUGAACAUUGCAUUUUGUAGUUUGGUAGAGAAAUCCAAAAAUGCUAUUAGCUCGUUCUUCACUAUCAAAAGUCCUAGAAACAAUGUUGAUAAUGGAUGUUCUGCAGAAAAUUCUCAAACACAACGAAAGUCUGUCACAAUGUCAAAAAAAGGUAAACAACCAAAUGUCCUGCAAAAAUGGGUAAUCAAAUCUCCAGAAAAACCUAGGAACCUUAAUCUUCAACAGAAUUUUACUGCUACCUGUGAAGAAAGUUCAACGAAUGUGUCAAGGUCACUUCAAAGUUGCUUGGGGGUUCAAGGUCAUGCAGUGCUAUCAACUGUUCUUGGAGAUGGUGAAACAAGUGUUGGUAGGGAAUCUGAACAAACAUCAGAUCAUGUUGAUAAUGAUUCCGAGGAGUUAAAAGCUUUGUCAUGUCAGAAAAGAAAAGCUGAGGAAAGAAUAGAUGAUAGAAGAUUACACAUCAAAAAGAGAAGUCUUGGUAAAAAUAUCGAUGUGAGUAUGUCGGGUACAAGUCCUGAUAGGAAGGACAGUUAUAUUCCUGGAACAUCUGAGGUGUUGCCAUCCAUCCCAAGUGACCUUGAUAUGGAGAUUUUUCUACAACUUCCACAAGAUAUUCAAAGAGAAAUUCUACAGGAGGCAGAAUCAAGACAAGGUAAAAUGUGUUCCACACAAAAGGGAAAAAAUGUUCAAUAUGAACAGACGAAUUCAAGUACUAAAGUACAAAGUUGUGCUGGAGACAAUGAAGGGUCUUAUCCAUAUGACAAUGGAGGAGAGAAAAAGAAAAAAGAAUCUGCGACAAUAUCUCCAACAAUUUCUGUUCGAAAAAGUUCAUUUCCCUCCGCCAUUAAUAGUGAUCAGACUGAAGAAAUGAAGUGGACAGAUAACAGGAUGGAAGAUUUUUCAAAUAAACAGACCACCAGUAUCCUAACGUCUUCUGAUUUCAAAAUAUCAGUGCCAGAGAAAGUGUCGAAAACAGCAUCUGAACCAAGCAGAAAUAUAUCAAAGGUAACAGUAAACAGUGUCGAUUGUUCUGCGACCAAAGUUUGGAAGGAAUCUGGUUACUUGGCUGCUGGUAAUGAUAAUUCUGUCAACCAGUCAUACCAGUUACCACCCCAUAUUGACAUAGAGGUAUUUUCAAAUCUGCCAGCCGAUAUACAGAAAGAAUACAUUGGCCAGUGGUCAAAAGAUGCUCUGUUGCCAUCAUCAAAAGGGAAGCAACCUGUGACUAAACACAACACUACACCAACAACAUCAAAAGGGAGACAACCUGUGGCUAAACAGAAACAUAAUGAAGGAAAAAGUAUUCUCAGUUUCUUCCAAACGAAAAAUAAAAAAUAAAAUAAAUUACGUUCAUUGUUUAGCUCUUUCCUUCCAUAGGACCAGUGACCUUAAUACCCUGGUGUAUCAACAUUUCUUCAAAAUACUACUGAAUGUCCGAGCAGAUUUAAGCAAAUUUGGCCAGGAUCGCCAUAAGGUGAAGAGGACUUGAUUUCGUAUAAACGGAGGACCCGACUCCCCUAAGAGCAAGUAAAUAGUGGAAAAUAAAAGAAUAAAGGGCCUUAUGUCAAGAAGUGCAAAUAUACCCUUGUAUCUCCCACUACACUGAUUGACCCAGGGACAGGAACGAAGUAUACAGUAGCUACCUAUAACACGGGACUUCAGUGGAUCUGGUUCGGUCGCUGUGAGAACAAAAACACCCCUUGUUACAACGGUGGGACAUGUUACGAGCUGUGGGAUUAUCCAACAGAAAUACUGGUGGAAAAUCCGGCCAAUAAUCCACCUUACAUAUUCAAGGAGUAUCACUACCCUCGACAGUGUGUGUGUAGUCAGUGACGUCACUGGUCCCUGAUAGCUACAUAGCCCCUUAAACCUGGUAAUGACCUGGAAACUUCACCAAUUCAGUCUGAAAGUCAUUGAUAUGACAUCCAAAUCGUUUGUCAACAAUCCUAAUCACAAACACUCAUAUCGUGGGAAGAUAAAAAUAAUACGUGACAUGAGCCAUAAUAUAACCCUGACUCUUGUUUUACAAAUGUAAACCACAACAGGGGUUAUUUUUGUAUUAAACAGCAACUUCGUGACAUAACUGUAUAAUUAUACAUAAUAAAAACAUUAUAAUAAGUGAUGUGCACUAUCAAAUGUAAGAACUGCCAAUC